UCCCAUCCCUGUCGGCCGGUGCCGGUGCCGGUGGCCGGGCCCAGCGCAGCGGCAUGGCGAGUCGUGCCCGGGGGCUCUGCCGCUGCCCCCCGCUGCCCGCAGCGCUGCCCGCAGCCCCGGGGCUCUGCCUCUGCUGCCUGCUCCUGCUCCCGCUCCUGCUGCUGCCCGCCGCCGCCGCCUGGAGCCCGGCCGUGCUGCCAUCCCCCGCACGCAGCAGCUGGUGCCCCUACGCCGUGACCAGGACGGUGCCGUGCCCCGUGCAGAACGGCACGGUCCUGCAGCGCGUGUUCCAGGGCUGCCGCUGGCCCCCGGGCUGCAGCAGGGGCAGCUACCGCGCCGUGCUGAGGCCGCUGUACAGGCUGAGCUACAGGACGGUGACGGCGCUGCAGUGGAGGCGCUGCCCCGGGCACAGCGGUGCCAGCUGCCGCGCAGCAGAGCCUCAGCCCACGCUCACCCUGCAGGACACGGGGUCCCCCGCUGCCCCCCGCCGCCCCCCCCUGCGCCCCACGGCCUUCUCAGGGUGCCUGAACUGCAGCCAUGUUGGGGAGCUGACAGCCCGACUUGCCACCCUGGAGGCACAGGUGGCCAGGCUGGCGGUGGCUGAAGCCCCCAGCUCCCCAGUAGCCAAAGUGGGCAGGGGCACGGAGCCUGGGCAGCUCUGGGGGUCUCCAGCUGCCCGUGGGAGCCCUGGGGGUGAGGGGACACCAGGGACGUGGGGUGCCCCCAGCCCCAAGGCAGAGGCAGGAGGAUGGGGGCCAGUGGCUGUCCCUGGGGUGAAGAGCCCAACGGGGCCAGUGGGGCCCCCAGGGCCCCCAGGACCACCAGGCCGGGAUGGAGCCAGGGGGGUCCCUGGGGAAAAGGGGUCACCCGGCCCCCCCGGGCCCCCAGGGCCCCCAGCCCCUGUGGGGCCACUGAUACCCCACAGAGCUGAGCCCAGGGACUCUCUGCUCUCCAACACCUUCCCUGAAGCCACCGUGGGCAUGGUGGGGCCCAUUGGACCCCCGGGGCCUGUGGGGCCCAUGGGUCCCCCUGGCCCCCCAGGACCACCUGGCCCCCCAGGACCUGAUGGCAGAGCUGGGGCACCGGGUGCCAGCGGCCCCCCCGGGCAGAAGGGAGCCAGGGGUCCCCAGGGCCACCCAGGCAGCCCAGGCCAGGAUGGGGCACAGGGUGAGCCAGGCCCCAGGGGGGAGCCAGGAGAGAGGGGCACUUGGGGGGAAGGGUUGCACCAGCUCCGGGAGGCUCUCAAGAUCCUAGCAGAGAGGGUUUUAAUCUUGGAAACAAUGAUUGGGCUCUAUGAGCCAGAGCCUGGCUCGGGCAGCAGCCCCCCUGGCACAGGGGCACCCGGGCCCCCCCGUGGCAAACGUGGCAGCGGCCACCCCCAGUAUCGCAUCGUGACCCUCCCCAAGCACUGACAGGGCCUGGCACCCCUCUCCCUGUGCCCACCACCGUGCUGGCAUGGGCAGGAGCAUGGCCCUGGGGUGGGGGCAGGAUGGGGGUCACCCCUCCUCUCCAUGCCCCCCCUCCACUGCCCCCCCCGGGGCUCCUGGUGCUAGAGCCGGUGGCACGGCACCGGCCCCUCCCCACGCUGUGCCCCCCAUUCUACUGCUUGACACCCCCCCACCGAGGUGAGGGGGGCAACGAGGUGCCAGGACCCCCCACUGCCCCUUUUCUGCCCCCACCCCGCUGUGCAGCUCUGGGGGGGUUUCAGUCCCUCCCCAAAGGGGCUGGGGGGGGUGGUGGGGAAGGGUCUCGCUGUGCCCUGCGCUUGGUCCCGCUGCUUUGAGACCCCCCCAGGUCAUUAAACGCCUCUGAAGCCGUG